AUGCAACGCACAGAGACAUACUCGCCCAACUGGUUCGUCCGCGCAGUCACAGUCCCCGGUCCCGACACAGACCUUUGCCUCCACGUCUCCUUUGACAAUGCCAAAUUCAUCUUUGGCGCGGGAGAGGGGACGCAGAGGGCUUAUGCGCAGAAGAAGAUUGGGUUCAGCAGGUUGGCCGGGGUGUUUGUGAACAGCGGAGAGUCAAAGGGGCGGGGUGGAUUGCCUGGCAUCAUCAUGUCUGUAGCAGACGCUGGCAUCAAGACCAUCAACGUCGUCGGACCGCCCGAUCUUACCCAGUACAUUGGCACCCUACGAGACUCCCUCACCCUCAACGCCUCCCCAUACCCACGCGAUGCCCAACCCGGUACACCCGUCAACCUCUUCACCUCCCCCAACAUGACCGUCCGCUCCAUCGCCCUCUUCCCCCCAACUCCUCCCCACCAACGCUCCCCUCCAACUUACGACCCCUACACCCCCCUCGGUCCCGUAUUCCGUCCCUCCCGCCUCUCCCCGGUGGACCUCCAGAAAUGGUGCCACCAAGUCGUCUCCGACAUGUUCCAGAACAACACCACCGCCCGUCUCUCCCAACGUGCCCCCAGCCCACCCUUUUCCCCGGGGGCCAAGACGAGAUCCGAAUGGGCCAGCGCAAACGUCCUUCUCUCCCCAGACGGCACCAUCAACGCCGCCCGGCCCGAUACCCGUGCCCCACUCCCAACGCCCAGCGAGACAGACGUCAACACGCAAAUGGUCUACAUCCUCGAAACGCCAGAUGUCAGGGGAAAGUUUGACAACAAGAAAGCGGUUGAGCUCGGUGUACCGAAUGGACCGCUGAGAGGCAAGUUGACGAGGGGGGAGGUGAUAGAGUUUCCAGACCCGGAGAUGGAGGGUGUUUUGAAGACUGUGAGGCCGGAGGAAUGUCUCAUGGGCGGGGGGCCUGGGGCGGUCAUGAUCAUGGUCAGUUGUACGCUCAAGACUUUGCCUGAUCUACUCCGGAACAAGACUUUUACCGAGUAUCAACCUCUGCGAGAAACGCCUGGGGAGAGCGCGAGAAAGGUGCAUCUGAUGGUCCAUCGGAUACCGAGGGAAGUUUUGGCGGAUGAGGGGUACAAGGAAUGGAUGCGAGCUUUCGGCCCAGAGACUCAGCAUCUCAUAGCAGACACCACCCCAACCACCUCCCAAACAGUAUUCAACUCUGCCGCCUGGGCAACGCUCAGCCUCUCCCACCUCGACUCUUCCAUAUUCCACCCUCCCCUCCUCCAUCCCACCCCUACCCCUUCUUCCUCCCUUUCACUCUCACCCUCGCUCGCGGGCUUUUUGGACCUACCGCCCAAAACCAAAAUCCUCGAACCCAACCAUUUAUGCAGGAUGCACCCCUUAUCGGACAUGACUGAAUUCCGAUGGCACGAGAAGGAUGUACCCUUCACCAUUGGGCCGGAAGAAGUUCAGGAGAAGGCGAGGGAAAGGGUUGAGGCAGAGUACCCCGAAUAUGCGGAAGCUUGCAGAAAGGCGCAAGACGCCGUGAGGGCGGAUCCUCGGUCGAACGAGGUGCAGGGUGGAGAACCCGGAGAUGACCUUGUGAUCACCACCCUCGGUACCGGAUCUGCCAUUCCAUCGAAAUACCGCAACGUCUCUUCCACCCUCCUCACCAUCCCUCCCCCACCCACCGCGCCCGACUCUCCGGCCCAGUCGAUACUCCUCGAUGCUGGGGAAGGUACCCUCGGCCAGCUGAGGAGGAGAUUUGGGAAAGAAGGCGAGUUGGAGGGAGUGUUGAGAGAGUUGAAAGCGGUGUUUGUGAGUCAUAUGCAUGCGGAUCAUCAUUUGGGGGUGAAUGCCAUUUUGGAGGAACGAUUCAGAAUGGGCAUCACCACCCCUCUCUAUGUUAUCGCUCCUCAAUUGAUUGCGCUCAAUUUGAGAGAAACGGCGACUUGGCAAUCUGCAGCUUCAGAUGAAGGUCUCAGGAAUGUCAAGUUUAUCUCUAUAGAAAGACUGGGGGAGAGGGUGGCGUUGGGAGAUGAGUUGGAAUAUGUCGGGCGUCCGACCUCUUUUGCUGUAGAGCCCUCGCCCUCGAGCCAUUCGCUUGCAGGGGCCACAUCACCUUCGGUCUCUCCUACUAGACUUGCCAGGAGAGAUAAAGAACGCUCAGCGUCUUUGGAGAGGAAGCCAAAGGAGUACGGGAACAAGAUCACUUGGCCAUUCGAAUCUAUAUUCGGUCAUUCUGCCGCUCUGGCCACAACCCAACACGCCAACAUCCAAUCCUUCCUCUCCUCCCUCUCCCUCACUUCCCUCCACGCUCCUCGCGUAUGGCACCGCGGCCGCGCGUUCGGCCUCGUCCUCCAACACUCCUCUGGCUGGAAGCUCGUCUAUUCUGGCGACACCAAACCUUGUGCGCCAUUGGUAGAAGCGGGGAAGGGAGCGACGAUUCUGAUACAUGAAGCGACGUUGGAGGAUGAUAAGCCGGAGGUGGCGGCUGUGAAGGGGCAUAGUACGUUUGGGCAGGCUGUGGAUGUUGGAAAGCAGAUGGGAGCAAAGUAUAUCUUGCUCAAUCACUUUUCGCAACGGUAUCCGAAACUUCCAAAGAUGCCUGGGGUGGUGCCUCUGGCUGUGGCGGAAGAAGCGAGCGAGUCUGCUCGUCUGAAAAGGGAGGAAAGUGUCCCGGAGGGGAUCUUGAAAGAAGCUUCUAUCGAGGAGGACGUCCCUGAAAACUCUUCGACCGAGACCCUGGCGCCUCUCCCAGAGAACGUCGGCCUCGAGGCAUCUUCCGAGGCUAGCGAUCCGCCCGUCCUUCCAUCCGUAACCCCGACUGCCCCCACCACUGACGACACCUCCUCACAUCUACCCCCGCCCUCAACUGCCCCACCCCACGUUUCCAUCUCAUUCGACUUUAUGUCUCUCCGUCUCGCCGACAUGUGGAAGAUGCCCUACUACAUGGACGCACUUUCGAUCCUGUUUGCCGAGCCUGAAGAGGCAGAGGUAGAAGAUGGGGCGGGUAGUGUCGUAGAGGGCAAGGCGAAUGGGGCUGGGACUGGUGAACAGGGAGGUGCGACGGGGACGGGGAAGGGAAAGAAGGCGGAGAAGAGGGAGAAGAAGCAAGCGCAGAAAGCUGCUGAAGGAGAAGCCAAGAUUCAAGGCCCGGGACAGGGGCAGAGGGGAGAAGUCAAGUCGAAAAGGGCGUUAAAAAAGGAAUUGGCCAAUGCCCAGAAAGAGAAGCAGGCGCGCAAGUCGGGUGAGGGAAGGAGGGAGAAGGGGACCUUGACAGAGUCGGAGCUGGCUGUUGAGAGUCUUGUCGUGGAGGAUGUCGUUGUUGAAGAGGCCGUCGUCAAUGAGGUCGACGCGAAGGCGAUGGGUGCGAUGGAGAUAGAGGAGAAGGAGGCGGUGGAGGCAGUUGGCGAGAAGAGGGCUGGUAGUCCGAGCAUCGAGGAGCCAGAGGCGAAGAGGAGAUCUGUCGAUGAUCAAUAG